AUGCUGUCCGCACCCCACAGCAAUUACCAAGAACGACAUCGUCAACAUCGGAGACAAAUCUCAACGCCAUCCGCUCUUGAUGCCGUCAAACCUCCAACUCUUCCCGCUCAAGCAAUGCAACGACUUCACGCUCAUCGCCGAGGCCAAAGCUUCGAUGCGCGCGCCAUGCGCGUUCAGCGAUCGCAGUCCAUGCAAGAUGGUACCAUGACUACUAACCUAGAGGUACCGCAACAUCACCCGACUAUGUUGGCAGCCGCUCAAGACCAGCGCUUCCUCCGAGUCGCGCAGCCAACUUUCCCCCACCAUCCGGCGCAUAUGCCUAUGAUGGCUGAGUGCCAGGCUUUCCCUCAAGAAAAUGCGCAGUCCUUUGCUGCUCGUCAAAGCCAAGGAGUUCCACCGAACAUGCCUUACAUGAACGCGAACUUUGUCAAGGUGGAAGACCAGCAGCCAAUGAACAUCUCGAUCAACCUCAUGGCACAACAUCAGCUCCAAGAUACGAAACUGCCUUGUCAAGCAUCCUUGGAGGGCCAGAUCUUGGACAAUGGAGCUUGGGAUGUCUACCAACAAAACAAUAUCGCUGCAGCAUUUCAGCAGCAACAAGCUAAUGCUAUGACUCUGGACGUAAGACGACUGUCAGCGGCACCGACUGUCAGUCCGCCGCACCUAGGGCAUGCGCCAAAGCAUAGCAGCGGACAAUAUGGCCUGAUUACACCUGCAGCCACCCCUGUGGGCCUUGCGCAGCACUACAACUCGGAUAUUCAACCUUCCUCAACCAAGGAGCAAAGCUUCCCUAUGUCCGGUGCCGCGCAGGCCUCGUACAUGCAGCGAGCGAAGUCUCUCCAAGGCGUAGUUGGAACUACAUUUUCCCAGCAGAAGUUUAACAUGCCCUCUCCCCCCACCACAGCAUCCUUUGAAGUGGAUUCGUUUGAUACUUUUGACUAUGAGCAGGGUUCUAACAUCGAGGUUCCUAAGUCGGAGAGUCUGUCACAAGGGCCGUAUGCCUCGUCGUCAUCAGCCACGUCGUCCUUCGCUUCGUCACCUGAGCUCGCAGCCAUGCCUUGUCCCGAAAAUGGGAGUGGCAAAGCACAGAAGCUGCCCAUCUAUCCCGCGACCCCCAACCGCAUGAAUCACCGGAAGACCCCGAGCGCAACUCCUAGCACCGCAGCCAAGCCCAAGCUCUCCCCGCGAGUCGCAUCUAUCGAUAGUCUUAACCUGGACGCCCGCGUGCAGGCAUCAAUCAAAGAAACCGGAGUCACCAUUGACGAGAUCGCGUCUUUCAUUCACGGACCGGACCCAGAAGACGGUAAAUGGGUAUGCUUGCACCCCGGUUGCGAACGUCGCUUCGGCCGAAAGGAGAACAUCAAAUCGCACGUACAGACCCACCUCGGAGAUCGCCAAUACAAGUGCGACCACUGCAACAAAUGCUUUGUCCGUGGUCAUGAUUUGAAACGGCACGCCAAAAUCCAUACGGGAGACAAACCUUACGAAUGCUUGUGCGGUAAUGUGUUCGCGAGACAUGAUGCCUUGACUCGACACCGACAGCGUGGUAUGUGCAUCGGUGGGUACAAGGGCAUUGUCCGCAAGACCACGAAGCGUGGUCGUCCGAAGAAGCACCGGCCAGAGAUGGAUGAGAGACAGGAAAAAGCCGCCAGAACCCGUCAGCGUAUCGCGGAAAAGGGAUCUUUCGAUUCUUCUGCUUCUGAUUCCUUGCGCAGCACCCCGCCGUCUGAUGUCUUCGAGGACAUGAGUCUUCACGGUUCGAGCCCUUCGGAAGAGAUGCCGGUCUUCAGCAACCCGAACUACUCGCUGCCUCCGGAAGUAUUCACCUUCACGCCACCCGCGUCUCCAGGCCCCAGCACCGGGAAUAAGCCGUCUCCGGCCCAAAGCCAUCGAUCGCUUAGCCCUAACACCGAGGACGAGAUGCUACCUUCGCCGAUCAAGCAACCCUUGCACCGAUUGAUGUCCGACUCUAGCCUUCCCUACUUGUCGGAUCACGAGUCGUGCACUUACAACGACGGCUCCGGCUCAAUCACCAAUGGUCUAUCUUCCCCGCACUCAGCCCCAACCCUGACCGAUGCGUCUACCGGCUCUGAGCUCGAUAUCUUCAUCAGUCAAGAAUCCACUGCAACUUUUGCUAAACAAGAAUUCAGUGAUCUGACUGAGACCGACAUGGCUGCCUUCCCCGAUUACGUUAACACGGCGACAUUCGAGAAUGGGAUGGAUCUAUUCCCCGCCAAAGGCUACCUACCGGGCCCUACCAUGGGUGACGAUUUCUUCUUCCAGUUCCAAGUGGACGAGCAAGCCGCAGAUGCCGCGUCCAAGGAAUUCUUCAUGGAUUGA